AUGGCUCAUAACCAUGAACCAUCCAUUCUGUUGCCUCUGCUGCUCAUCACUCUGUCACUAAUGAGUGGCAAAGAAGUUCUUGCAUCUCGUCACCUUCUCGAAACCACAUUGCCUACGGUUCCUGAGCUUCAUAAGGUGGAAUUGCCACCUCUUCCUACACUCCCUACUUUGCCUAAAUUUGAACUGCCACCUCUUCCCAAGGUUGAGCUUCCACCUCUGCCUCAUGUCCCAACUCUACAAGAACCCCAGCUGCCGACUUUGCCCAAGCCUGAAUUGCCAACCGUUCCACAUGUCCCAGCUUUGGAGAAGCCUGAACUGCCAGAAUUGCCUAGUCUGCCCCAUCUACCUGACCUGCUUAAGCCCACACUACCUACCGUCCCAACCCUUCCAAAGGACAUACCCUUCCCUUCUCUUUCCCAACCCCACUCAACCACUAGCCCUUGA